GCGAGGAAAGCAAACUUCAAUGGGUUGGGGGAAAUCAAUGAAGAUUUUGGCUUCCCUCAUCCUUUCAAUCAACUUUUAUUAUCAUCACUACCACCACCACUAUCACUACACCCUCUUAACUUGGUUAUAUAAAUUUACAUUCCAAUCCUUCAUACUUAACAACCACAAAACUCUAAAAAAUGGGUGAUAUUCAUUGUUCAAAUGGGAAUGGGAAUGGGAAUGUGAAUGCAUAUUUGCAGAGGAAAAGCUGUUGGUAUGAGGAAGAGAUUGAAGAGGACUUAAGAUGGUGUUUUGCUCUUAAUAGUAUACUUCACACAGGAGCUACUCAGUUCCAGUACAUUCAACUUUUGGACACCAAACCUUUUGGAAAGGCUCUAGUGAUAGAUGGAAAGUUGCAGAGUGCAGAGAUAGAUGAAUUCAUCUACCAUGAAUCUCUUGUUCAUCCACCACUUCUACAUCACCCAAAUCCCAAGACCGUAUUUAUUAUGGGGGGAGGUGAGGGUUCUACUGCAAGGGAAUUACUUAGGCACAAAACUCUGGAAAAAGUUAUCAUGUGUGACAUUGAUGAGGAAGUAGUGAUGUUUUGCAAGUCUCAUUUGACGGUUAACAGUAAAGCUUUCUGUGAUCCAAGACUUGAGCUCAUAAUCAACGAUGCAAGGGCGGAAUUAGAGAAGAGAGAAGAUAAAUAUGAUGUGAUUGUAGGUGACUUGGCAGAUCCCAUUGAAGGAGGCCCAUGUUAUCAACUCUACACCAAGAACUUUUAUGAACUCACUAUUAAACCAAAACUCAAGCAUGGUGGCAUUUUUGUUACACAGGCUGGACCAGCUGGUGUUUUUAGCCAUGCCGAAGUUUUUUCUUGUAUUUUCAACACUCUCAAGCAGGUUUUCAAAUAUGUAGUGCCAUACUCCGCUCACAUUCCUUCCUACGCUGACAUGUGGGGAUGGGUCAUGGCAUCAGAUUACCCAAUGACACUGAGCCCAGAUGAAUUAGAUUUGAGAAUGAAACAAAGGAUGAAUGGAGAGAAUAGAUACCUUGAUGGAAAAACCUUUGUUGCAGCUUCUACUUUGAGCAAAGCAAUUAGAAAAUCAUUGGAUAAUGAAACACAUGUGUACACUGAGGGUUCAGCCAGGUUCAUCCAUGGGCAUGGAAAUGUUCAGAAGCAUAAACAUGCUUGACAUGGUAUCGUAUUGAUGGAGGGAUGAAUAUACACCCAAAGGAGUACAAGCUUAAGAAAAUUUUGUUUCUGAUAUUGUCUUUGGUUUUUUUGCCUUUAUAUCUUCAUUGUACUUCGUUUCUUUUGCUUAUUAUGUACUCUUCAGUGGUAAAUUUAUAAAUAUUAUUAAAUAUAUGUGAUAACAAAGUUACAACUCGAAA